GACAUGUCAAGGUGGUCUAUUCAGGAUAUCACCAGCUUCAUCAUGGCUUUAGAGCUGCUGAUCUUCAUCCUCUUCAAUUUGUGUCAUGAGGCCAAAUCUGAAGCUCUUCCUCAGCCUAACUUAAUGGUGGAUCGACUUAUGAUCACAGAGACUGACUCAGUCACAUUAAACUGUUCGACUUCACCAGACAUUUCUGUGUCUCGGUGUGAUUUCUACAUUGCAAAUAAAAAGAUGUCUGCAGACUCCUCCUGUGUGGAAACAGUGACAGGAACCAAGCUGUUGAGCAUGGCAAAAAUAAGGUCACCAGCCGAGGUCAAAGUUAAAUGUUUCUACAGUGUAAAGGAUGGAGCUGUUGAUAUUACAUCAUCAGACAGUAUAUCAACAACCAUCACCAUAAACAAUCUGUCUCCACCUACACUGACAGCGAACCCACUGGUGAUCACAGAGUCAGACUCAGUCACUUUAAACUGUCAGCCUCCAUCAUCUGUUCCUGUGACUGAGUGUUUUUUCCACAUUGGGGGAGGAGAAACACCCCAAAGAUUUCCUUGUCUGAAGACACUGAGAGGAACUGAAAUCCUGUCUUUAACAAAGCAAAGUUCACCUGCUAACUUUGAUGUAACAUGUUUUUACCUGAAAGUAUAUGAAUCUCCACAGAGUAACCUGCUCAACAUUAUAAUAGAACUUCCUCCAGCUGAACUGAGAGUGAAUCCACAGCAGAUCACAGAGUCAGACUCGGUCACAUUGAACUGUGGGACUCCAUCAUUUGAUUCUGUGGCUACCUGUUCUUUAUACUUCAUAAAAUCAAAGAUAGCCAGAAGCAUCUCCUGCGUGCAGAACAUGACAGGACGUGAGCUCCUGAUGAUGACACAUCAAACCUCGCCUGCUGAGGUUGAACUAACAUGUUAUUACACUGUGAAGAAUACAGGAGGACAGCAUCUGUCUCCAGACAGUCACAUAUCCUCAGUCACUGUUCACAGUAGGUUUCUAAUUCUCCCAUCCUCCUCACUACACGAUCUCUAAAUGUAAAACAUAGUUCAGUCUGUCAACCAUCUUCUCUG